AUGAAUGAGAAAUUAAAUUAUAAUGAGGAGAAACAACAUCAACAAACGUCAAAUAUUAUGAACAAGUCCCCAGAUUCUUUAAGUUUAAACGAUUCUAGUUCAUUAUCAAUACCUAGCUCACCUGAAUAUCAAGAUAAUGGUCGAAAAAUAUCGGAAUUUUCAUCAAAUUCAAGUAUUUUAAAUGAUAACGAAAUAGAUGAAGAAAAUUUAAAUUUAAUAUCACCACCUAAAUCACCAAGAUUAACUAAUUCAUCAACUAUGAAAUUAAUUAAUUCAAAUAAAUAUGAUGAUAAUGUUAUAUUUUCAGAUUCUGAUGAAUUAGCAUCACAAUCUUCACUAGAUUUACAAAAUACAAAUAGUACCGCCCCCUCCAAAAAUAUUAAAUUUCAAAUACAAAAUUUAUCACACAAUUUAAAGCAACAAAAACAAAAUCAAUCAUCACCUAAUCGAAAUUUAAGUUCUGAUGAAGAUGACGAUUUGGAUUUAGAUAAUGGAGAAAUUAAUUUACUUAAAAAAUCAAUAUCAAAUUCAUCAAGAUCAAAAAGUAAUUCCUGUAAUUUGUCAACUCCCAAGAAUAAAAUCAAAAGAUCUUCUGAAUCUCCAUCUGGAAGAAGAUCAAGCUCACCAGAUACUGAUUCAAUAACAAGAAGAAAAAAAAAUAGACGAAAAUCAAAAGAACCAAGUGAAAAAUCUCAUAAAUCAAAUGAAAUUUUAGGCAGUGGAUAUACUUCAAUGCCUGCAAGUGGUAAAGUCUUUAGAAACUUGUUAAUACUUGAAGAAAGUUUAAGAGAACAAGUUAUUCAGCAAAAAGCAAUGAGAAGGAAAUAUUUAACAUUUUUAACCAUUUUAUGUUCUAUCAUAGCUGCAUUAACUCAUUAUUUAUUUAUAUCAAAUUCUCCAACUCAAGGUACUACAAGAGUAAUAUUACAAUUUUUCUUAUUAGCUACUAUUAUUACAUUAAUGUUGUAUCAUUUAUCAGGUGAAUAUCAGAAAACAAUUGUAUUACCAAGGAAAUUUUUAUCAUCGACAAAUAAAGGAUUACGACAAUUGAAUAUCAGAUUAGUAAAGAUUAAAUUACCCAUAAUUGAUAAAGUUACAGAUACGAUUCGUGAAAUAUUAUCAAGUAUUAUUGAAAUUGCUCUAGAUGGAUUUCAUAAAAUAUCACCAAAUUCAAUAAACAAUAAAGAUUCCAAAAUUGAAAUAUUUUUAGUUAAAUGUAAAGCACAAUGUCAACCAAGAAUAGGUGUAACUGAUGUUAAAUUAGUUUUAAAUGCUCGUGUAUUUAAUACUGAUAUAAGAGAAAGUUGGGAAAUGUAUAGAAGUGAAUUUUGGAUAAAUGAAGGAGUAAGAAGAAGAAAUCAUUUAUUAAAUUUUAUAAAUCAAGAAACUGCCCAAACUACAUCUCUAGAUAAUAACAAAAUAAUCAAAAGAAGGAAAAGAAAAUCAUCAAGUAUUCCAUCAAAAUUAAGUGAACAAAAUUUACAAAAGUUAUCUAAUGAAACAGAAUCUGCACAAUUAUCAUUUCCAUCAUCUCCAUUAAAAGUAGAAGUAGAAUGA